UCGUAACAACUCCGUGACGCAAGCAGAUUACAGCAAACAGCCGAAUAAUCCCCAUUUGAUUGCAUCGCCACAAAACAUCAAUGGCAACAACAACAGUGGUAGCGGAAAUGGGGCUUCAAACAACAGUGCCUGCGGUCCAUUCAAACCAGUUCCACCGCCGAAGCCUAAAAAUUAUCGCCCACCAAUGCAAGGGACCAAGAGUACCGGCGACCAAUGGGAGAGUGGGGAUUCAGGGUCUCCACGUUCACCAAAUGGAUCUUUUUAUUCACCCAUGGGGGCUUCACAUCACCAUUACUCACAGCAGAUAUCUGGCUCUCCUGGCCAUGGUAAUAAUAACAACAUCCAUGCAACAUACGGUAGCAACAAUUAUGUUCAACAGUCACAAUACCCGCCUCCAUCAGUCCAUGGAUACGUUGGUAAUCACCACUACAAUGGCGGAAGCGGAACAGGACCGUAUAUUGCGCCACAUCGUGGCAUGCCAGCUCCCAUAGGUAAGAAAAGUACUAAACAAAUA